CUGGCGUUAUUAAUCUAUUUAGACCUCGUAUAACCGCGUUUAAGUCAACCUAUCGAUUAAAAUAUGUUUAAAUUAUUACAUUAUAGACGCUUUGACUGCGUCACCCUAUUGAACCAGUUUGGCUAAAUAGCUUAGCAUAACUAGCCGUCUUUACGACGAGUUUAACUAUGGGUGUUUUUUGUAUGAAGUCUAAUCGUUUUGCUGGCUAAACCUGUGUUAAAGUGUGCACCGUUGAAGUAGCCCCCGAUAUAACCGUGAACCUGUAUAAAACAAAUGAACUGUUAGCUGUGGAGCUCUGGGUGUUAGCUGAGGUAUUUGCUAGCAUGCUAGUUCACCUGAGUUAGCCUGCAGAUGGGUUUGUUAGCUCGGUGUCUUUUUUUUUUUUUUUUUUUGAUAUCGAACCCGUAAAUGUGUCAUAUGUGCAAGGCAAAUGUACUUAUGGGAUAAUAGUACAGCACUCCUGUCUUACAUAACUGCAGUCGUAUUAAAAUACGACUGGAGUAAAGGAUUGCAUGGGGUGAUGUCGCUGUAAAAGCUGCUAGCCGAUAGAUCUGCAAAGCUAACACCGCCAUCAGCAAGCAAAGCAGACGCUACAUAGUGUGAGUUUUCAGACACGGGCCAUAUUUCAGUUUCCCACAAUGCUUUGCUCAGCACAACCGGAAACUGAGCUGGCAGAGCCGUCUUUGGCCCGCGUCAUGGCGAUGGCGGUAGUGGAGGCUCCUUUUAGACACUGAAGACGAUGAAUAGGGACUUUCAUAUUGAUGAUUUUAGAGAAGUUUUUGAAAGUGAUAAGCAGUGGUUGGCCAGAAAGCGGUUUAUAAGCAAACACAUUGCAGACUAUGACACAUGUGACAGAGAUCAGCUGCUAGCUCUGUCCAUGGUGUGGGUCAACCACGUGUUCAUGGGAUGCAGCUAUGGCCCACAACUGAUGCAGAGAGUGCUUGAGAUGGCAGAGGGGAUUCAUGUUGGCGAAAUGCCCUCGUAUGAACUAGUCUCAAGUGCUGAAGCAAAAAAGAGGCCAAAUUCAUCGGAUGGAAGUGAGGAACCCAUGAGGAAGAUGCCUGUGUCCAAAUUUGGCCCGAGACCACGAUUCGAGCCAGUACACUUUGUCAGUGGCAGCAGCAGCAGCACCAGUGGAUUAGGGCGUGCUGAUGAAAAAGAAAAUGAGAAAGAACGCAGGAGCGGGGAGGUGAAUAGCAUAAGGCAGAGGGAGCCAGACCAGCCACACAGCAGUAGUCAUGGUUAUGGCCCUCCUCCCUCCUCAUCAUUAUAUGGUUAUGACUCUUGGGCUGAUCGUAGAAGCAAGGACAUGUCCUACAGCAACAAGAGUGGUUUUGGUUAUGGCAGCAGAGGGCCCACCUCAAACUUCAUGGGAAAAAUGCAUCAGGAAUACACAGCAAGAUAUGAGGCACACAGUGCAAGACAGGCAAACUCGCCUCCUCAAUCAAGCCGAUUUGAUAGCUAUGCAGGGGGAAGGCCUGGACGCUGGGAUUCUGGAAGGCAUGGCUUGGGCUUUGGCCAUAAGGAUAGACCAUCAUCUAGCAAAGGUUUGACUAGAGCCUAUGAUAGCCCAAGCAGAGCCAGUCCUGGCCUGCUCCCUACACCAAGUAUGCCAACCCCAGUUCCUCCAGCUACCCUGGAUGAGAAGCAGAGGUUAAUUACCAGGGUUGUAUCUGCUGUAGCAGUCACACUCCGAGACCCUGCAUUUGUGGGUGGACCUGAUGGUCCAAAUUACAACUUCAUUCUCAGCCGCAGCAUUCAGUCUUGUAAAACUAACCCUGAGUACAUUUAUGUUAAUUUAAAAGAUAUUCCUCAGUCUGACCUUCCCAAGAACAAGAAAGUCCCACCUGAGGGCUAUGCGUGUGAGCUGAGAUGUUCAGGUGUGUACCUUGCGACAGGCUACUCUGGCAGCAAGAAUGGUGCCAGGGACCGUGCAUCAGAGCAGGCUGUGAAACUUUUCAUGAAACCAGUGGAGGUCCGUGUAGUGCAACGUCAAUAUAAGCGCAAUUAUGUCAAUGACUUGGUAGUGUGCCAGUUAAACACACCCACCCCAGCCUUAGUUCCACCUCUACGCAACCCAGAGGACAGCCCACCACCCAGUACCAAGGGACAGUAUGUGCCUGAUAAAAGCAAACACUGGACAGAGUUUGUCAUAAUGGAAAAUGCCCAUGAUGCCAUUUGCAUCCUCAACAAUUCUGCUGCCUAUAACCGUAUGAAAAUUGACUAUACCUUUGAUCCAGUACCUAAUAGCAGUGCAUGGGUGUGUAGUGUAUAUUUGCAAGGUGAACUUUUGGCUCAAGCCAGAGGGACAAAGAAGAGCUCUAAACACACUGCGGCUGAAGAAGCUGUUAAAAAACUACGAAUGAACCAGGCAGUUCGCCAACAGCAGGAACAACAGGAACAAUACCAACAGCAGCAGUUCUCUCAAGGACACCCCAACGCUGAUCAGCCAGUUGGCAGUGUUGGCCAAUAUGGUGGACGAAAGAAACAUCUCAGUGAACUGGUUAUUCUAGAAAACUCAGAUAAUGCCAUUUGCAUCAUUAACGAUACUGCGCAGUUCAACAAGGUGGCUGCAGACUACAAAUUUACAGUGCUACCGGACCAUCGCUGGAGGUGUGAGGUCUACAUUGAGGGUCAGUUUGUGGCCGAAGGCAUUGGUCCCAAAAAGACUGUUAAACACAUUGCAGCUGAGGAGGCCAUUGCCACUCUGAAACGUACACAAGCAGUGGUGAAGUCAAACCUUAGGAAGGAGGGCAAUGUAGACGCCAUUUCCCGAAAUCAAAUUAUGGCUCGUUGUGGGGAGGAGGCUACGCGGCAGGAAAUAAAGGAGGACAAUAUUGGUAACCAGUUGCUCCGCAAGAUGGGCUGGACAGGUGGUGGGUUGGGUCGAGAGGGAGAAGGCAUAGCUGAACCAAUCAUGGUUAAGGAACAGUUUAGUAGGGAAGGACUCGGUAUGGACAUGGAUAAACAUGGUCAUCUGACAAAGCGUGAUAUUGAGGAAAUCAUACGCACUUAUGCUUGUUCAGAGCGCCAGGAUGACCUACGAUUCUCCACUGAGCUCAAUAAUGAGGAGCGUAAGCAAAUUCACCAGGUCUCCCAAAAAUACGGGCUGCGAAGCAAAUCUUAUGGCCAGGGAAGACACCGCUUCCUUGUGGUUAGCCGGAGAGUGCAAAAGGAUCAACUGAUUGGUCAGCUGCUGCAAGAGGGUCAGGUGGGACGAUACGAGCUGGUAAAACCUCAGGCCCCUGAAUGACUGGACCUCAAAGAACCCUACAUGUGACUGUGACUGAGUAGAGCAGAUGUACUUAUGUUUAUCAGUUUCAAAAACAGUUUAAAAUGUAUUUUUCAAAAAAAAAAAAAAAAAAAAUGUCCACUAA